CUGGUGGUGUCGUUGGAGGAAGUGGAGGAGGAGGGUCUCCUGGUGUCCUGGACCUUCUCCCAGCCACCUCACCUGUCAGUCAACGUGUCCUCCAUGCGGAUCCAGAGAGAGGACUCUGACCCGGAGGUGGACCUGGACAUGAUCAGGGACCUGGUGGAGGAUACCCUGUACAGCACACAGCCCGCCAUGAUUCUCAACCUGAGGGCGUGUGUCUCCAGCCCAGCGUUCCCCAGAGAUAAGCUGAUGCCUGGACCCAACUCUCUGUCUCUGGGACCACCAGCAACGCCCAGACUCUUGGUUCGCCAGCUCAAAGCAACCGGCGUCAGAAAAGUGGAGUCGUCGUGCUUAGGGGAGCUGUGCUGUUCCCUGUGCUUGGACGCGCCAGUCCUGGAGAAAAGGACCCGUUUCCUGACCCCAUCGUCCAGCAGUGGAGCCACGCUGGACUGGAGUGAAGACAUCAUCCUGGACCUGCGCCCAGAUACCAAAGAGCUCCAAAUAAGACUUCUGGAUCGAAACAGCAAGGGAGAAUACUUCUCCCUCGGUCAGACCUCGCUGCUGCUGGACGUGUCCAGCAGAAGUCCCUCAGGCCAGCAUGUCCUCUCCAUCAGUCCUGGCCAUGGGCUCUCGUCACCGGCCUCCGUCACCGUAGAGUUGCAGUACCUGGAAGCAGCUGGUUCUAAUGCCACGCCACUGCGCUUGUCACACACCCCCACCAAAAAGGUGGAUGUGGACCGUACCAUCAUGCCGGAUGGAACCAUCGUCACCACGGUGACCACCAUUCAGACAAGACCAAAGUUGGACCGCAAACUCGGAGACUCCCCGUCGAGAUCUCCGUCCAAGGUGGAGGUGACGGAGAAGAGGCCAACCGUGCUGAUGGAUGUCCCAGGAGCCAGCGUCAGCUCCACACCAAGUACUGAGAGUUCCCUGUCUAACGGGCUGGAUCCCGUAGCUGAGACAGCUAUUCGGCAGCUGACUGAGUCAUCAACCAAAGUGGCAAAGAAGACCCCCACUAAAAGGAGCACGCUUAUUAUCUCUGGAGUCUCCAAGGUCCCCAUCUCUGAGGAUGACUGUGCGUUGUCUGUGGGCUACGCUGCAGCCAUGGACGCUGCCCUGCAGGGGGAGCACUCUCCCGGCGGCGGCCACAACCACUCUGGGGCGACCACCCCCCAUCCGGACGCGGACGAGACCACGCCGUCGGACGUGUCGGAGCGGCCGUCGGUGGACGACGUGGAGUCGGAGACCGGCUCUACGGGAGCCCUGGAGACGCGGAGCCUCAAAGACCACAAAGUCGUGUAUUGUGCAUCUAUCCCCUCUAUCCCAGUGGGCUUCCUCCGCAGCGGCACCAAGCUCCUGUUCCGCCGCAGGAACCGCCAGAAGGACCCGAGCUUCAGCCAGUCCCACGAGGACGUGUCCAACCUGGGCAACGACUCGGCCUCCUCCAGCUCCGCCAGCGUGCGGAAGAAGUCCGGGAGCUUCUCGCGCCGCCUCAUCAAACGCUUCUCCUUCCGCUCGUCCAACAAGUCAAAGGGCAAGUCCAGCGCCACCAAUGGAGGGGCCAGCGUGGCCGAUAACUGAGGAAUCUUGCCACCCCCCCCCCCCCCCCCUCGGAUGAUGAAGGGGACCCCGGAUAAUGAAGGGGACACCGGCAAACGCUGCUCGAGAGGGAGUCUCACUGUUGUUGGGGAAAAAGGGAAGCGUGGGUUUCUAUAGGCUCAGACACCGGAGAGAAAGGAAAACACGAUGUCACAUGAUGUCACGUGUGCCCACCUAACGUGGUCUUCAGAAGGAGCAAGGACACGUUUUCAAGAUUUCCUUUCCUCCAUUUUGGACUGCCUUUAUAUAUAUAUAGAUAUAUAUAGAAAUAUAUGGGGAAAAAAAAGAAAUGUGACUGGUUGCCUUUUAGGAUAGCCCACCUGCAAUUUCACAGUCCCUCUGUUAAUCGAACAUCAUACAAUGUUGAGGAAGCGAAUGGUGUCUGAGAGACCUAUUGAUUGUUGUGUCCAGUUUAUUGAGAUGACAAACUGUCUAUGGGAGGUAACCGCAACAAUGUUGGGAAAACUUUUGUGGACACGAGUGGUUAAACUAGUGUACAGUCUGCUAAGCACAAGGGAGAAACAGAAUGACUUGAGAAUGAUUUACCACCUCCUGUGUAUGUUUGUUUUUAUUUAUUGGAGAAAUUGCACUUUGGACUUUUGAAUUGUUUACAAUGCUAGAGAGCUUCUAGAUUUUAUGAUUUUGUAUUGUUUACUAUCGCAAAACACUAAAUUAUUACCCAUGUUGUCUACCAAAUCUUCGGUUUCCAACCCCAGUGUGUGUUUGACGGUAGAUUUCAUUAGAUAUUCUACUGAACAAAUAUCCAGCCUUUGAAUGAACUAAAAAUUAUAUUGCUGGUUUUCUUUGUGGCUUAUGAACACUUUCUUGGAUAAUGUUGUUUCUGUUUGUCAAAAGAGAACACAAGUACAUACAAAUCCCUUAUAUGUUUGUGUGUUUGUAUUUAGGUUGUAAAGAAAUUGGUUAGAAUUCAAAGGGAAGUAUUUAAGUAUAAAUAGGUAUGAAGUAUAUAUAUAUAUAUUCUUAAAUAUUUUUAUUUAUAUAAAUAAGACCACCAUUAAAUCAUCUUGUCGAUUUGGAACGAACAUUUGGGGGUGAUAUAAAUCUGGACAUACUCCCAAAUCAAUGGAAACUGUUGUUGUUGUUGUUUUCAUUUACCUCAGGUGAAAUAUUUUAAUGAAUGUUAUAGUAGCCAUGUUGAUGUUUUUUUUUUUUUUACUUUUAAAAAUAUCCAUACUUCACAAUUCACAGGUUUUAAAUUUCCCAUUGCCAUUGACCAUCAUAUCGCAAUAAUCCUGUUUCCAGUGCAUGCAUGACACAGCUCUUCCCCAACGUGUACAUAAAUUAAUUUGAGAAAAAAAUAUUGUCUUGCUAUAUUUGGGAUGGGGUCAUUUUUCUUUGUAAGACUGAGUGGAGAGACAGUAACAAAAGGUUCUCAACUUACAGUUGUUAGAACUCGUUGGUCCUCUUGCAAUUGUCCCUCCCCAUCCACACCUACUCUGAUGCAGGUAUUCCACUGUUUUACUUACAGCCUGUGUUGGGUUGCGUGCUCUACUUGUCAGAGAAAGUGCAGAUGAUCACACUGCACAUGUUCACGGGUGAAUCAAAUCAGGUUUUGCAUGGCUACUGUGCUUGGAUUCAAAUAUCUAGCAUAGACAUUUUGCUCUUCAAAAAUGUUCUGCUUGUAACUUAAAAGAUGGAAAGCUAAUUUAUAAAUAGCCCUCUAAAAUAGUUCAUGCUCUGAAUGUUAGUGAAAAAGGCCAAAACAUACUGAGAAGAGCUAUUGCCCAGCUGUAAAUGUUAAUACUUUAUAUUACAAUGUGGUAAUUUUGAUGUUUAAUUUAUGGAAAAUAAAUUAUUUUUUAAAAACUCA